AUGCAUUCAGGCAUCAUCUUCAUAGGAUGCUUGAGCUUGGUCUCGUGGGUCGUCCAGUUUCUUCCCGUUAUCUCCGUGCCAAUAACUGGCCGUCUGAUCAACUAUGAACUCCAUUUCUCCACCUUCAAUAACUACACCUACGGAGUGUUUGGUGUCUGUGAUAUCUCCAGAAACGUAUGCUCCCACCCCACCAUCGGCUACCCUAGCAGUGAUUUGUUCUACUAUGACCAUAUGGGUGUUUCUGUGACCGACGAGGAACUCGCGGAGAUCGGGUUACCUAGCGAUGCUACGCGAUCCAUCUCUAAGCUACUAGUAGUCCACAUCGUGGCAUUCUGUUUCACUUCGGCACUCAUGUUGGAGUCUAUUCUUCUACUAGUGGUUCUCUACGUCCAUGAUAAACAUCCUGGGCUGCUGCUUUUGUCAUUGUUGCGGCGUCACAACAAGAACGCCACGGAACAACCCAUCAAACCUAGAAAGAAAGACAUCACGCCGUAUCUUGAAUGGAUGCUCCUCUUUUCGUUGCUUUCAUUUGUUCUGACGCUCUUGGCGUUUUUAGCAGAUAUUCUCUUGUUCAUUCCCCGCCUCAGCUUCUUGGGCUGGAUCCAGUUGCUUCCUAUCCUGUUGAUGGCACUAAUAGCAUCGUUAGUGUGUUUCAUGAAACGGUCCAUCUCUUCUCGUCGUCACUUGGAAGAGGAGGAGGCAUAUCCGGCCAAUGAGAUGAGAAGCAAGAAUGGCAUUCUGCCUCGCUGGGCUGAUGACACCGGCUCAGACGAUGGUUUCUAUGUCUACACAAAUGGUUUCUACACAGCAAACAACGACACCGACAGACAGAGCCCAGAGGUGCACAUAUUGGGGCCGGGAAGACACUAUUCAGAUGAGACUCGGCAUUCGGAAGAUUUGGGAGAUGGAAUCGAGUUAAGAAAUAUCAGAAGAGAAAGCUGA